AUGCUUCACAAAGCUUUGGAAGGUGUGAUAAUGAUGGAGACGUUUCCAAAGACAACCGUUGAUGUUUUUGCAUUGGUGCUUGAAUCUGGAGGCAGUGACCUCCCCGUUGUGAUAUCAUGUGCUAGUCUUGCUCUAGCAGAUGCCGGAAUUAUGACGUAUGACCUCAUCACAGCUGUUUCAGUGGACUAUGCAUGGGUGAGGAGAGGGAUGAUCUUCCCUUUUGUGGAUUACGUUGCCAGGUUCCAGGAACAGUCUGAGCUGCAAGGGUGCAGCCCUGGGGAUUUUCAGAAGGCACUUGAAGAAGCAUUCACUGAGAAGUUGAUGCAUGAUAUUCACAUGGCUGUUGGUAACUCGACUUUUAACGAUUCUUUCUACAGAUGGAUUCAAGAAACCGCGGCCUCAAAUCGGGAUCUUACUAACAAUGCUCCAAGCCAGGAGUUAAUGAGAUACAGAAAUCCCUUAGCCUGUGUAGGAUGUGGAACGGUCAUUUCUUUUUGA